AUGCGGAUGAAUACAUUUAGAGUACAUCUGUGGGUGACAUGGUCUUUGGUAAUUGUUGUUUCUGUGACUUUGAUUCUGAUAUCGACGUGGUUAUCAGAGAAGUCAGGUCAUCUCUCACGUGACCCCGUCGCUCAUCAUCAGGACGUACAUAUCAACAUGGACAGACGGGACAUGAACGUUCGUCUCUUCUGUCAACAAAUAUGGAGCAGUCACAAACAUGUAAAUGUAAACAAUGUUGCAACAUCCAAUACAAAAAGUUCGUGUUCGUGCGGCAACGAUUCAUUUACGAUUGCGAACCAACCAGUGUUGCCGUGGCAACGAAAGGCAUACGAAUUGUGGGAGAAUGAAUAUAGAGAGACGGAGGAACCAAUCGUGUUCUGUCCCGCCCUGUCACCUUUUGGAUACAUAGGAGGCGGGAUUACAGUGGAACCAGGAAAGUAUGCGAACAUCCGGGGACUGUAUAUACACCCGACGGCAUUAACAUGUUUCCAUGGCAACUAUGACAGUGACACUGUUUUACUGACAAUCACUUGUAGUCGUGGCGUUGGUACCAUGUUCGUUUCAUCAUCUCUACAGUACUCAAAAUUUCUGUUCAUUAGUGGAAACAACACGAAUCAACUACUUGUAAUAACCAGUUUCCAUGGCAACCAUGAACUAAUUAAUAGUACCAACGAGUUCAACGUCUUACUGAACAAUAUUUUCUAUCAAAAUGUAUAUUACGAUAUUUUCAGACGUGAUUUGAUUCGAAUAACGCUUAAGAAUAUAACGGUGGAAAUCAAUGUUUUGAUCAGAAGGCAACCUCUGCCUCGUCUCUAUGACGUAAGAGAUAAUAAGGAUAUAUCGUCCAUGGUAACCAUAGUUACCAAGACGUUUGAACGCUACAAAGCUGUCAAUAAUCUCAUUCGCAGCAUUAGAGUGUACUAUCCCAAUAUCACCAUAGUGAUCGCCGAUGACUCCGAAUUUCCAAAACACAUCCAUGGUCAAAAAAUUAAACAAUUCGUAAUGCCAUUUGCAGAGGGGUGGUUUGCUGGUAGGAAUCUGGCAUUAAGCCAAGUUCGCACCAAAUACUUUCUGUGGGUAGAUGACGACUUCGAGUUCACCGAUGGAACCAAUUUGGAACUUUUUGUGGAGAAGCUGGACGACAAAAAUGAGAAACUCGACAUCGUCGCCGGAAUUUUCGAAAAAUCUCACGGACAAAUUUCUGUCGAUUCUUAUUUCCAAAUUUUCGAUAUUUCAAAAAGUGAAAACUUCGGGAGUUGCCUUGUUCGCAAAAGAGGCGCACAUAGAAAACUUUCUUAUAAAAAAUUUCCGCAAUGUUACAUGACCGACGUUGUGCUCAAUUUUUUCAUGGGUAAGACACAGUCUGUGAGAAAAAUCGGGUUUGAUCCCGAAUUUCAGCGAGUUGCGCAUUCCGAGUUUUUUAUUGACGCUUUGGGUGAGCUACGCAUAGCAGUUUGCUUAGACAUCGAAAAAUGGUCAAAAUGCAUGAAUUUGAUGUUGAUUUCGGGAUCCAACUUCCAUUUCGAACUGUACAAACGAACGUUGAUUACUUUUCACAGGUCACCACUGGGUGGCGUUGACUCCUUCUCAAGUGAAAUGGCGGAAAUCGGGCAAGAAAAUCUUGAUUUAAUAGAAAAAUGUCCAGCAGAGUUAAUAUCGUCGUUUAUUCACCAAGUGAUUGACGGUGUAUGCGGCCAAACUCAGCCCAGAUUUCAGGAUUACAGCAAAGUAUGGAGCAUAGAGCAAUGGUAUACCGUGGUAGAUUGCACAGAGAGAUUAUUUAAAUCUGCAGUUAAAAGUAAUACAUCAAAACAACAGUUUACCAAACAUAUAGAAGGAUUAUCCAAAGACCGUCAACAGAGUAUCAUAGACUGUUACAGUGUUAGGUCAAAUGAUAUUAGAAGAACACUCGUACAGAAUACUACCGCCAUUUCACAGGCACAGAUGACAGAUUUUGACUGGAAACUUAAGCUUGUGAUGUCCAGUGAUAAAAUAGCAUCAGUACAAGAGCCACUGGUGUCAGUUGAUUUAGACUUACAGGAAGAGAAAGGACAGAAAGUAGUGUCACUUGAAAUGAACCAAACUGAGCUGAAAAAAAUGAUCACUUCAUUGGAAGCAGCAAAUAAGGCUGUUCUACAAUUGAAGUCAUAGCAGUUGUUGUGUCAACGUAUUCAUCCUAAUGUACAUGUGGCCAGUGAAUACAACCCAUGGAUUUCAUUUCCAUUAUAUGUUAC